GGGCGCGGGCAGUUGGCGCGCCGGGCGCACGCGGGCGGUGGGAGGAGGAGGCCGGGAGGAAGAGGACGUUGGACGGGCCGAGCCGUGGGGCCCCCGGCCGCCUCCCCGGUUCCCGGUCUCCCACUUUCCGCGGCUGCGCUCCCCCACCUCGUGCAGUCGUGCUCUCUCUCUCCCCCUUUCCUUCGCCCCCGCGUAGACGAUUCCUACCGAGCCGCGGACGGAGGAGACGGAGCAGGAGGCCAGGAGCAUUUUCUCCCCGCAAAAUCCUGCGCCCUUCUCCUGUGCAUUUGGGAGCUCGGCUCGGAUCCCGCCGCCCCCAUCCAGCCAUCCUGCUCUCUCUCUCUCUCUCUGUGUGUGUGUGUGUGUGUGUCUCGUUCUAGGCCUUACUGUUCUCUCUCAGUCACCGCCAGCUCGAUCUCCUCUUCCUCGCCGCGUUGCGUUCCUUCUGCUCGCUUGCCUAGGAUUGGAAUAGGACUUGGCACGCGGGCUUCUUUCCGCUGAAAUCUCUGCCGUGUUCCGAGCAAUUUCUGCUCGAGCGCGCCAUCUGUUGCCACUUGCCAGCAAAAAAACAGUGGAAACCGCCUUGCCUUUCUAGUGUAAGCAAGCUUUCACCUCCCGGAAUUUGCUUCUUUUGGUCAAUCUUUUCGGGGCUUCCAGGUCUCAGCAUCACCAGUGCCCCUUUUGCCGCGAUCUUUCUGUCUGAUCACUGCAGUUUAAGCUCGGAGCACCUCCUUUUCAGACAAUUCAGUCCGCUAGCUGUUGAUCCCAUGCGGCGGUAGCUUCAGCAAAGAUCCUACCAUGCCGCAGGCUCCUACAGAGCCGUUCGCCGUGGCGUAGCUGUAGCCUCGCUGACCCCGAUUGGCCUGCGCGGGCUCCGAGAUUCGGAUUCGGGUUCCUUCUUUUCGGCUCCCGCGCCCGCCAUGAACGGCCUCCCCGACGCCGACGCUGCGGCGCCGCUGGCGACCGCCGCGCCACCGCAGAAGCGCGACGAGUGGAGCGAGGGCGGCAUCGUGCGCCUGCUCGAGGCCUACGAGGCCAAGUGGCUGCUGCGGAACCGCGCCAAGCUCAAGUGGAGCGACUGGGUCGACAUCGCCCGGGAGGUGUCCGCGCAUUGCGCCGACGACGCCGCGGCCGCGGGGAAGGCCCCCGGCGGCGGAGGCGGCAACAGCGCCAAGACCCCCAACCAGUGCAAGAACAAGAUCGAGUCCAUGAAGAAGCGGUACCGGGCCGAGUCCGCCGCGGUGGCGCGCGCAGGCCCCGCCGCCGCCGGCCCGUCGUGGCGGUUCUUUGCCCGUAUGGACGGACUCCUUAAGGGUCCGGCCAUCUGCUCUGGUCAGGUGCCACAGGCAGAGUUGGGUAACAGUAUAGACCUGCGAGCUCCGGCGAAAGCAGAGGCCGAGGUAGUAGAAGCAGAUUUUGCCGCGCAGUUGCCGGAUGCGGGUCCUGGUGCAUUCUCUGAUCUGAUGAACAUUGACACAAAUGGCGCUGUCCCGGAGAAAGCGGAGAAGGUUGACAACAGCGUGCAGAAGGAGAGCAGGGCUGCAGAUAGCGAUGCCAACGUGAGCUCUCCAAGGAGUAAGGUGGCGAACGAGGACGUAGAGGAGGUGGACAAGGUCAGGGACCGGCCCAAGAAGAGAAAGAGCACAGAGUUUGAUAUAGCCAAGAGCAUCGAGCUGCUGGCUAGCUCAUACUUGAAGAUUGAGCACGCCAGAAUGGAGAUGUACAGGGAGACAGAGAGGAUGAGGGCUGAAGCUGAGAUUAAGAAGGGGGAAAUGGAGCUCAAGAGAACAGAAAUCAUGGCAAAAACGCACUUGCAGAUCGCUAAGCUUUUUGCAAAGAGAUUGAAGGAGGGCAGUGGCAAGACUGGUGGCAGCUCGUCAGUAACAGCUGAAGUGGACACCCAUACCAAGAAAGGCGAGAAUGGUUCAGGGUGAUGUGCCAUUCUCUCAUGCUCAGCAGCUGAUUCUAUUACCAAAGCAGGCUAGCCUUAGGUGUCCUUGGUAUUGCACUGUUCAUGUGCACCAAAUGUAUGUCUGAUUGAUCCAACUUCACUGCGAGCGUGGAGGAAAAAAAAGUCACAAAAUUAGAAUACAGAUGCUAUAAUGGCAGCGACGAUAUGGUUGUUACCCGGUUUGUGGAAUUACAGAAGCAAAUUUUGUAUCAGUGAGUUACAAGCCUGAAAGCUAUCCCCUUCUGUCCCUGAAGUAAUCUACUGACAUCCAUUAUUUGUAUAAGUCCAUCUCCAUGUUGUGAAGAAAUGAAGCAGCGGUCGCCAAUGCUGUGAUAAACUGUAUCUUGCUGAAGCCCUUUCCCCCUUGACUAUGUAUUGUAACUAGAUUUUGGAGAGUUUGACUAUAGGGAUCCAAAACAAAGGUCGGCUAAGUGAAGAACAAAAGUAUAAACUGAACUGUACAUUUUUUUGGGAAAAUUAUAAAAAUGACUUGUCCUGUUACUGUUACUACAGUA